UGCCUCACCGAGACCACCGGGGCCAUCGCAACGCGGCGCUGAGCAUCGGUCUUCGGAUGGUGGCGAGGAGGGCGUCGGUGAAGGUGGGCUCGUCGGUGGUAACCGCGGAGAGGAGGAACCUUCCGAAACGACGGGGGGCAAAGCCGGUGUAUACAAUGGACCACUGCAGGUUAAUCUGCCACCCGAAUCCUGGGCCAGUUACAUUAGCCAGAAGCGCCUGGAACGUCAAACUUCCGAAGCCAAUGCCCAGCAGCUGUCUGGAAUCGGUGGGUCUAGUGCGGGUGUUAGCUCAAUGGCCCGCAAUCGACCGGCAGCCAGCAGCGUGUUCAAGCAAAACACGGUCGAUGUGAUCUCGAGUCUUAGCUCCAGCUCGAAGAAGAUGAAACCGAACCUUUUCGGGCAGAAGUUCUCGAAGCGUGACUCAAAUAGCAUCAACAUGCGGCGUCUGCAGGAGAGUGAUUCGUUGAGUGAAACGGAAACGGCUCCAGAACCACCACCAAGGCCCGAUUCCGCCUCCCACAUUGAACCACCUCCGUUGCCACCGAAGAAACAGUUUGCCGAUAUCGUGAUACGGCCCUCUCCUCGAUCGUCAGCCUCACACAACGCGGGUGUAGGAGGCAACAGCAGCAACAGCUUUGGUGAUCGUGGAUCUGCUGGAGGUGGUGGUCAGCGGUAUGAUUACGUUGGCUCAAAGUACGAUAGCAGCACAAACCGUUCGUCACCUCAGGCCACCGGUGGUGGCAGUGGACCAGCAUCCGAUGCACCUCCAUUGCCACUACCAUCACGAAAGGUUGGUCGUACGUCGGCGGCUGCAGGUGAUACGAUCGGCCCGGGACGGCCACCGCACCGGAAAUCGAAUGAGGAAGAAGAUUAUCUUACACCAAUCGCCGGAAAACCCGACAUUCCAACGUUGCUGCCACCGCCACAGCGUAAGGAUGGUUCCAAGACAACACGCUCAAACACACGCAAGCAAUCCGAGACGGAUCCGCGUAAUCUCGACGAACCGACACCUCCGCCGACCUCAAAAUCGCCGCUCAGUAGCGUGUUCUCGAAGGAACCAGCACUCCAUUCUCAUUCGAAACAGCAUCAAUCGUUGGGUGGUAUAGGUUCAGGGGCCGGUUCUUCAUCCUUCCUGCCCGACAUCACCCUUAGUCAAUUACUGACCCUCGGUAUCGAUGAGCUAGCCGCGAAGCUGGGCGUCCCAGUGUCCAAGCUCAGCACGAUGACACUCGUCGAGCUGACCAGCUAUCUGUCUGAGUUUAUCGAAAACAGCAAGCAACCCACGACCGGAUCAAUAGAUGGCGGUUAUCCGGAUGCGGUUGCAGGUGGCCGGGAUGGCAGUGUCAGCGAGUCACCCGUGUUCAAGGUGAACUUUGAUGAUUCCAACGAGUUCGUGGCCAAGUUUGACGAUAACUUUGGCGAGGAUGAUCACCAGCAUCAGCAGCAGCAACAUCGAGGAGCGGGGCAGCGAUCCAUCGGAUCCUCGUUUGUGGCUAACUUUGACGAACUUAAUAUGCAGUCAACGACGGCUUCAAGAAGUGGUUUUGGCGCGUCAUCUCAGACCCAACCUUCAGCACCAUCAGUCUCAUCCACUUCCGUCAUCGAUAAGUAUGCUGUGUUCCGUGAAAUAAUGGAUCAAGAUACGGGCGGCGAGCCUGGUGCCGGCAGCACUGGUGGGGAUUCGGAUCGUGAGCAGGAACACACAGGUGCAAAUGGUGGCCACGGACGGCUUGAUCUGCAGGCCGAAGUGACGACGGAAAUGAAUCGACUAUCACCGGCCUUCGCUGGUGAAAGUUUGUCUCCAUCGGCCACUGGUAGUGGUGGCACAGCAUUCGGAUUACUAGCCGGUACUGGAAACACGGCCCCACUGUCCCAGCUACCGAUGACGAAGAUCGAUACGAAGAUCACGGAGGUGAUAUCGCAGGCAAAGGAUCGCUAUGCCGCUCUUCGGGACAUCAUACUAGUGGAGGAUCUGUUCGAGAAACCCGCCCCGAUGGCACGGGGUGAAUCGUCCUCGUUCGAGGAGCGUGACGCAGAGCUGGACGAUGCCAAGUUUGAGGCCAACUUUGACGAUAUGAUUGCUGUGGUAGGUACCGGAACGGGCGAUUCUCCGGGCAUUAACAUCUCCGACGUUUCCGAACCGUCGAACGUCGAGCUGGACGACGUCGUUAUGCCAGUGGUGGAGGGUAGUGGAAUGGCGCUAUCGGGUUCGUUCACACGCAUUUCGAACGCUACACCCCGGGAGGAUCUAGAGAUCGAUGAGCUGAUGCAACAGGCCGUUUCUAAUCUGUCGUUGCAUACCAAUGAUCACCAGCUGUCUGCGCAGCAAGGUUCCAGCGCCCAACCGCAAAGUUUGACGGUGAAAGGCAGUCCGAUGCAGGUGGCACACAGUUCCACCUCACCAUAUCGACCACCGACGUCAACCUCGACGACACUGUUGAACGAUAUGAUCGGACCUCACGGUAGUGGUGGACGAUCACCGGCGUACACACCAGAGGGA